CUCCAUCACCGCCGGUGCGCUCCGCUGCGCCCCCGCGGAGCCUCGCCGGUACCGGCGCGGAAGGGAGGGCGCAGCGCAGCGCAGCCGCCUCGUUUCGCCCGGCGCUGCCAUUGCAGCACGGCUCGGCUCGGCACGUGCUUGCGGGCGCCGCCGACACCCACAGCAAGCGGGACCUGUGCCGAGAGGAGGAGCAGGAGGGGAUCUCUGCAGAGUAGGGCCGGGCCGUGAGGAGCAGCAUGGACCUGGACGUGCUGAACAUGUUCGUCAUCGCCGGCGGCACCCUGGCCAUCCCCAUCCUGGCCUUCGUGGCCUCCUUCCUCCUCUGGCCCUCGGCGCUCAUCCGGAUCUACUACUGGUACUGGCGUCGAGCGCUGGGUAUGCAGGUCCGAUACGUCAACUACGAAGACUACCAGUUUUGUUACUCCUACAGAGGGAGACCUGGCUACCGGCCGUCUAUCCUGAUGCUCCACGGCUUCUCAGCCCACAAGGACAUGUGGCUGUCCAUAGUCAAGUUCCUCCCCAAGAACCUGCACUUGGUGUGCGUUGACAUGCCUGGCCACGAGGGCACGACCCGCUCGGCCUUGGACGAUUACUCCAUUAUGGGACAAGCGAAGAGGAUCCACCAGUUCGUGGAGUGCAUCAAGCUGAACAAGAGGCCCUUCCACCUGGUCGGCACCUCCAUGGGUGGGAACGUCGCUGGAGUUUACGCCGCGCAGUACCCAGAGGAUAUCUGCAGCCUGACUCUUAUCUGCCCCGCGGGUCUGCCGAGUACCAACGACAGCAAAUUCAUCAAGCAGCUCCGGGAGCUGCAGGAGUCUGAGUGCAUCGACAGGAUCCCUUUAAUUCCCUCGACGCCCGAGGAGAUGGCCGACAUGCUGAAGCUCUGCUCCUACGUUCGCUUCAAGGUGCCGCAGCAGAUCCUCCAGGGCCUGGUUGACGUCCGCAUCCCACACAACGAUUUCUAUCGGAAAUUGUUUUUAGAAAUCGUGGAUGAGAAGUCCAGGCACUCCCUCCAGGAGAACAUGGGCAAGAUCAAAGCGCCGACGCAGGUCAUCUGGGGCAAGCAGGACCAGGUCCUGGAUGUUUCUGGUGCCCAGCUCUUAGCGAGCGCCAUCCCGGACUGCCACGUGUCCAUCCUGGAGAACUGCGGCCACUCGGUGGUGGUGGAGCGGCCGCGGAAGACGGCGAACCUCAUGCUGGAGUUCCUGGCGCUGCUGCACAACGCGGGCAACAGCAAGAAGCAGGCGUGACGGGGCCGACGCCGUGCCUGGGAGUCGGAACCUACCGAAGCGUUGAUGAGUUCUCAGGGAUCUUGUACAAACCGUGGUGAACGUGCCAAAGUCCCUGAGGCAGGCAGAGCCACCGCUAACACGAACCUAUAGCACUACUGACGCACUGAUCUAGGACCUCUGAGCAACCUUCGUAGACGCAGGACCAGGACCCGCACCUUUUCUACUCCUAGGUAAAAGCGAGCUGAAAUGACAAAACGCUAGCCAUGCAGCGCGCUGAAGCUCCCUGUGCAGCCCACGUUAUCCCGGUUACCUGCAGAUAGCUGUUAAUGACCUUCACCCGAGGAUAUAAAAGUGCAGAAAGGGGGGAAGCGCCCCGGGCCGAGACUCGCUGUGCCCCCUGCCCCCAGACCCCGCGUUGCAUGCCGCCGUGCUGCGAGAAGCCGUGCUCCAGCGCAGCGCCCUCCUCGUCGUGUAGCUCCUCACCUCGUCGGUCACGCAGAACACAGGAGAAAAAGGCGUGGAAGGCAGACGGCUGCGUGUGCAAACCUGUUUACACUUCUGGCGAGCGGAUUUUUUUCUCCAGUCCCCGAGCAGCUCCUGUGCAUGUGUGAUGCCUUAACAGCCCCCGGGCAGCCUCCGCGUGCGGCCAGCGCGGGGGCGAGCGCGUGUCUCGGCUCUUUUCUAUCCCGUCGUGCUGCUGAACGCUCCGAUGUAAAUAACGAACUCCUUAAUGAAUUCCGUGAAUUCUGUGAGUGGUGACGGUGCUGGAAACGUGUGGAAGAGGGGGAAGCGUGGUCGCACUAACGGGUGGCUCCAGCAUGCCCGCGAGGCUCCCAGCGCUUGUAUUUCUGAGCCAUCUUCUCGCCAUCGCUCCGAGGUACUACGACCUGUACAUAUAUUUGAAACUCCCCGGUGGUUUCUCUGCUCUUUUUGAGAGAAGAAACGUUUGUUCUUUUAGAAAAUUAGAAAUUUGAUGUUAAUUGCUUGGUUAUUGUUUCUACUACAGGAGUUGAUUUAAAAAAAAAAUAAAUCAUGGAUAGUUUUAUGUGGUAAAAGGCAGAAAAAAAUGUUGGAUCUCUAUGGUUUCUCAUAUGCCACAGAUUGCUGUAUUCAGGGGAUUUAUAUGGCUAUUAAAAUCUAGUAAUUUAAA